AUGGUCCACAAAACCCUUCCCACCGCCGCAUCAUUGUUGAUGCUGGCAACGACUGUCUUUGCUGCGUGCGAGACUAUCAGCUACACCACCUGCGCCGACACAAUCGUCCACUGGUACGAUCCGACAAACGGGCAAGUCUGUGAUCCGCUCGAUUGCGGCGGCGGCCGUGCUCCUGUCAAAUACGACGAACCCUGCUGCGCUGCCUACAGAGGAACAGAGCCCUGCGUAUCCACGACCUCUACCCUCUCAUGCUGGUCGCCUUCAACUGUCGCUGCUUCUUCGACAAUUGCGUCCGCUAGCUCUGCUGAAACUACUUCUACUUCUGCCACUGCCACGACCGAUACUAAAGUUUCAUCUUCUACUGGGGUGGCCGCGGAGACUUCCUCGCAUAGUAUUUCGGGCACCACCACUGCUCCUUCGACUACAGAGGCUCCUACUCAGUCAACGAGCUCAGAGGCAUCUGAGACUGGUUCGGCUGGCUCGAGUGACCCUGCUACGCCUGUCUCAACAAAUAUUGCCGGGGUCCAUGCUGGUCCAUUGAUGGCGGUUGCUGGAGCUGUGGUUGGUGCUGUUAUUCUUAUUUAG